CCACGACUUCUGACCACAUCCCUCCAGUGUUCCAGGUUCGACCACUUUCCCACACUCAUCGGCCUCUCACUGUUCUUCAUUUUGUUCUUUCAUUACAGCCACAAAUCCCCACUAUAUAUGAACUCUGAUUUCUUUUGCCAACUCCCUCCCCUUCACUUUCUUCCUCUGUUCAAUAUGUCUAAUAAUUACUUGUGUCUGUUAGGAGCCAUAGAUAGUCUCUGGUUUCACCAAACUAUUCUUUUCCCGGAACCAAUUUCAUUACUUGGCCCCAAAUCCACUGAAACUCCUCAAGAUUCCACUGCAAAUAGUUCUUUCACGUACCCUAAUUCAUCCAGCAUGGUCUCCUUGGCAGUUGCAGAUGAAGAAGUCUCCUCAAAUUUCUCAACCAUGUUAGAACCUGAAAUCCCAUCACCGGCUACACCAGAUUCACCAGAAAUGAGUACUCCACAGGAUUAUGAGACCAAAAGACCAACAAGAUUAGAUAUUGUGGCCAACAGAUUGAUGUUGAUCCGCUCUCAGUCAUCGUCCCCAAUAUCAAGGGAUCAAAGAAGCAGUCCUCGGAAAAGCAGAACCUCCUCUGGCUUGUUAACAAGGAAGCUGGAGAAAUCCAUGAGCAUGAGAAGCUUGGGGGAGCUAGAACUUGAAGAACUAAAGGGGUUAAUGGACUUAGGCUUCACUUUCAAGAAAGAAAACUUAAACCCACGAAUGAUGAGCUUAGUACCUGGAUUGCAGAGACUUGGAGUUGGAGGUCGUCAUAGUCACAGUAAAAAGAGACAGAACUCUAGCGAUGAUGAUGAUGUUGUUGAAGUAGUUGGUGGUGGUGGUGAUGAGGAAGGUGAAGUUGCGAGGCCAUAUUUAUCCGAGGCGUGGCUUAUAAAGAGGCCUGAUUCGCCGCUGCUGAAUCUAAGAUUGCCAACCAGAGUGUCCUCUGCUGCUGACAUGAAGAAGCAUCUCAAGUCAUGGGCCAGAACUGUAGCUUCUGAAAUUCAACAGGAAUCUUAAUGUGAAGUAUAGAAUAUAGAUAAGAGGGAGGUUUAAUUUUUUUUACCGACAGAUUUUCAACUGUAAAAAUGUCCUUUUCACUGUCAGUUAAAAUGAAAUUGCGAAGCUAUAAAUAAAAGAGUGCAAAGGCAAAGGCUAGAGCACUUGGUUUUUGUUCUC